AUGAUCGGCGGAACGCUUGCACACAUGAUCGGCCUCAAGGAGCUGGGCGAUGUGGUGCUGUUCGACAUUGCCGACGGGAUCCCGCAGGGCAAGGGGCUCGACAUCGCCGAAUCCGCCCCGGUCGACGGCUUCGACGCAAAGUAUGUCGGUGCCAACUCCUACGAGGCGAUCAAGGGUGCCGAUGUCUGCAUCGUCACCGCCGGCGUGCCCCGCAAGCCGGGUAUGAGCCGCGACGAUCUGCUCGGCAUAAACCUCAAGGUGAUGGAGCAGGUGGGCGCAGGCAUAAAGAAAUAUGCACCCGAUGCGUUCGUGAUCUGCAUCACCAACCCGCUCGACGCGAUGGUCUGGGCAUUGCAGCAGUUCUCGGGCCUGCCCAAGAACAAGGUAUGCGGCAUGGCCGGCGUGCUCGAUUCGGCGCGCUUCCGCCACUUCCUGGCCGAGGAGUUCGACGUCUCGGUCGAGGAUGUCACCGGGUUCGUGCUUGGCGGCCAUGGCGACACCAUGGUGCCGCUGACCCGCUAUUCGACCGUUGCCGGCAUUCCGCUGCCCGACCUUGUGAAGAUGGGCUGGACCACCAAGGAAAAGCUCGACGCUAUCGUCCAGCGCACGCGUGACGGCGGCGCGGAGAUUGUCGGCCUUCUGAAGACCGGUUCGGCCUAUUACGCGCCCGCCUCGUCGGCGAUCGCGAUGGCCGAGAGCUAUCUGAAGGACAAGAAACGCGUCCUGCCCUGUGCCGCCCAUCUGAACGGCCAAUAUGGCGUCAAGAACAUGUAUGUCGGCGUGCCGACCGUGAUCGGCGCCGGGGGCGUCGAGCGCAUCAUCGAGAUCGAUCUGAACAAGACCGAGCAGAAGAUGUUCGACAAGUCGGUGGCGUCGGUGGCGGGUCUGUGCGAGGCCUGCGAGCAACAUCGGGGGCAGAACGGGCCACGGCACGCGGCAGCGUUGCUGCUCGCUGGCGUGUGGCUUCUGGCGGCAGGCCAUGCGCACGCCGCCGAAAGCGUCUACACCACGCUCGAUCUCGAUGCCUGUGCGGUGCUGGACCAGGAUGACGAGUCCGGCGGCAUUUCGCUGCAAUGCGACGGGCUGCCGGGCCAUCCGGUCUUCGCAUCGGAGGGCGAUUUGCGCUUCGAUGUCGAUUAUGGCGUGCCCAACGACCGGUGGGAGAGCUUCGGCCCGUUUAAUUCGGUCGGCGAGACUGUCGAAUGGCGUGUCGCGGACGGCGAGCCGCAUGCCGCGAUCCUGCGCUUUUUCAUCGAUACGGGCAUGACGGGCGGGCCGGAAGACAAGGGGCAAGCGCUGGUCGUCUCGCGGGUCGGCACCGAAGCUGUGCCGGGCUGCGUCGUUGCCGUCAUCGACGCCAAGGUCGAACAGGCCAAUGGCGUGGCGCGCGGUGCGGCCGCCAUGGCGACCCGUUUCGCCUGCGGUACCGACAUGCCGGCCGCCAUCGGGCCCGAGGACAGUUUCGCCCGCAGCUUCAAUUCCAUCGUGCCGGAAGGCCAAUGA